GGGGUCCUCUGGGCCCCAGCUCCGGGACUUCAACAGCAUCAUCCAGACGUGCAGCGGCAACAUCCAGCGGAUCAGCCAAGCCAGCAGCAGUUACAGCACUCCACAAAUCAGCUUGCCAAGGAAACAAAUGAGUUGCUGAAGGAGUUAGGGGCCUUGCCUCUUCCCUUAUCUGCUUCGGAACAGGUAGGUAUUUUCUGGGGUGUAUAUGUGUGUAUGUUUGUUUAAUAGGAAAGGACUUCGUGAGAGAGAAAAAGUUUCCCAAACAAAAAUUAAAGGAGUUUGUGACCACUAAACCAGCCCUGCAAGAAAUUUUAAGGGGGACCUUCUGAGGGGAGAAAAGAUGAAAAUAUAUAUACAUAUAUAUAAAUACCAAAAGCAACAAAAGAUUAGAAAGGACCAGAGAACACCACCAGAAACUCCAACUCUACAAGCAUCAUAAUGGCAAUAAAUUCAUAUCUUUCAGUACUCACUCUAAAUGUCAAUGGACUCAAUGCUCCAAUCAAAAGACAUAGGGUAACAGAAUGGCUAAGAAAACAAGAUCCGUCUAUAUGCUGUUUACAAGAGACCCACUUUAGACUUAAAGACACCUUCAGAUUGAAAAUAAGGGGGCGGAGAACCAUCUAUCAUGCUAAUGGUCAACAAAAGAAAGCCAGAGUAGCCAUACUUAUAUCAGACAAUCCAGACUUUAAAAUAAAGACUGUAUCAAGAGAUGCAGAAGGGCAUUAUAUCAUAAUCAAGGGGUCUAUAGACCAAGAAGACCUAACAAUUGUAAACAUUUAUGUGCCAAAUGUGGAAGCGCCCAAAUAUGUAAAUCAGUUAAUCACAAACAUAAAGAAACUCAUUGAUAGUAAUACCAUAAUAGUAGGAGACUUCACUCCACUCACAGCAAUGGACAGAUCAUCUAAUCAAAAAAUCAACAAGGAAACAAUGGCUUUGAAUGACACACUGGACCAGAUGGACUUAACAGAUAUAUUCAGAACAUUUCAUCCUAAAGCAGCAGAAUAUACAUUCUUCUCCAGUGCACAUGGAACAUUCUCCAGAAUAGACCACAUACUGGGACACAAAUCAGCCCUCAGCAAGUACAAAAAGGUCAAGAUCAUACUGUGCAUAUUUUCAGACCACGGCGCUAUGAAACCUGAAAUCAGCCACAAGAAAAAAUUUGGAAAGGUAACAAAUACUUGGAGACUGAAGAACAUCCUACUAAAGAAUGAAUGGGCUAACCAAGCAGUUAAAGAGGAAAUUAAAAAGUAUAUGGAAGUCAAUGAAAAUGAUAACACCACAACCCAAAACCUCUGGGAUGCAGCAAAGGUGGUCAUAAGAGGAAAGUAUAUGGCAAUCCAGGCCUUCCUAAAGAAGGAAGAAAGAUCUCAGAUACACAACCUAACCUUAUGCCUUAAGGAGCUGGAAAAAGAACAGCAAAUAAAACCCAAAACCAGCAGAAGACAGGAAAUAAUAAAGAUUAGAGCAGGAAUUAAUGCUAUCGAAACCAAAAAAACCAGUCUAACAAUGAAACCAGAAGCUGAUUCUUUGAAAGAAUUAACAAAAUUGAUAAACCACUAGCCAGUUUGAUCAAGAAGAAAAAGGAAAGGACCCAAAUAAAAUCAAGAAUGAAAGAGGAGAGAUCACAACCAAUACAACAGAAAUAAAAACAAUAAUAGAAUAUUAUGAGCAAUUAUAUGCCAAUAAAAUGGGUAAUCUGGAAGAAAUGAAAAAAUUCCUAGAAACAUAUACACUACCAAAACUGAAACAGGAAGAAAUAGAAAAUUUGAACAGACCCAUAACCAGUAAGGAAAUCGAAUUAGUAAUCAAAAACCUGCCAAAAAACAAGAGUCCAGGGCCAGAUGGCUUUCCAGGGGAAUUCUACCAAACAUUUAAGAAAGAGUUAACACCUAUUCUCUUGAAACUGUUCCAAAAAAUAGAAAUGGAAGGAAAACUUCCAAACUCUUUCUAUGAAGCUAGUAUUACCUUGAUUCCAAAACCAGACAGAGACCACGCUAAAAGGAGAACUGUAGACCAAUUUUCCUGAUGAAUAUGGAUGCAGAAAUUCUCAACAAGAUAUUAGCCAACUGGAUCCAACAAUACAUUAAAAAAGUUAUUCACUGUGACCAAGUGAGAUUUAUACCUGGGAUGCAGGGCUGGUUCAAUAUCCACAAAACAAUUAAUGUGAUUCAUCAUAUCAAUAAAAGAAAGGACAAGAACCGUAUGAUCCUCUCAAUAGAUGCAGAGAAAGCAUUUGACAAAAUACAGCAUCCUUUAUUGAUAAAAACCCUCAAGAAAGUAGGGAUAGAAGGAGCAUACCUCGAGAUCAUAAAAGCCAUAUAUGAACAACCCAACACUAAUAUCAUCCUCAAUGGGGAAAAACUGAGAGCUUUCCCCCUAAGGUCAGGAACAAGACAGAGAUGUCCACUCUCGCCACUGUUACUCAACAUAGUAUUGGAAGUCUUAGCCUCUGCAGUCAGACAACACAAAGAAAUAAAAGGCAUCCAAAUCGGCCAGGAGGAGGUCAAACUUUCACUCUUCACAGAUGACAUGAUACUCUAUAUGGAAAACCCAAAAGAUUCCACCAAAAAGCUGCUAGAAUUGAUUCAUGAAUUCAGCAAAGUUGCAGGAUAUAAAAUCAAUGCACAGAAAUUGGUUGCAUUCCUAUACACCAACAAUGAAGCGACAGAGAAAUCAAGGAAUCGAUCCCAUUUACAGUUGCACAAAAAACCAUAAAAUACCUAGGAAUAAAUCUAUCCAAAGAGGUGAAAAAUCUAUACACUGAAAACUAUAGAAAGCUUCUGAAAGAAAUUGAAGAAAACACACAAAAAAAAAUGGAAAAAGAUUCCAUGCUCCUGGAUAGGAAGAACAAAUAUUGUUAAAAUGUCAAUACCACUCAGCAAUCUACAUAUUCAAUGCAAUCCCUAUCAAAGUAACACCAGCAUUCUUCACAGAGCUAGAACAAAUAAUCCUAAAAUUUGUAUGGAACCAGAAAAGACCCCGGAUAGCCAAAGCAAUCUUGAAAAAGAAAACCAAAGCAGGAGGCAUUACAAUCCCAGACUUCAAGCUAUACUACAAAGCUGUAAUCAUCAAGACAGUAUGGUACUGCCACAAGAACAGACACUCAGAUCAAUGGAACGGAAUAGAGAACCCAGAAAUGGACCCACAAACGUAUGGCCAACUAAUCUUUGACAAAGCAGGAAAGAAUAUCCAAUGGAAUAAAGACAGUCUCUUCAGCAAGUGGUGCUGGGAAAACUGGACAGCAACAUGCAGAAGAACCUAGACCCACUUUCUUACACCAUACACAAAAAUAAACUCAAAAUGGAUGAAAGACCUCAAUGUAAGACAGGAAGCCAUCAAAAUCCUCAAGGAGAAAGCAGGCAAAAACCUCUUUGAUCUUGCCCACAGCAACUUCUUACUCAAUACGUCUCCAGAGGCAAGGGAAACAAAAGCAAAAAUGAACUGGGACCUCAUCAAAAUAAAAAUCUUCUGCACAGUGAAGGAAACAAUCAGCAAAACUAAGAGGCAACCGAAAGAAUGGGAGAAGAUAUUUGCAAAUGACGUAUCAGAUAAAGGGUUAGUAUCCAAAAUCUAUAAAGAACUUAUCAAACUUAACACCCAAAAAACAAAUAAUCCAGUGAAGAAAUGGGCAAAAGACAUGAAUAGACACUUCUCCAAGGAAGACCUCCAGAUGGCCAACCGACACAUGAAAAAAUGCUCAACAUCACUCAUCAUCAGGGAAACAUAAAUCAAAACCACAAUGAGAUACCACCUUACACCUGUCAGAAUGGCUAACAUUAACAGCUCAGGCAACAACAGAUGUUGGCGAGGAUGUGGAGAAAGAGGAUCUCUUUUGCAUUGUUGGUGGCAAUGCAAGCUGGUGCAGCCACUCUGGAAAACAGUAUGGAGGUUCCUCAAAAAGCUAAAAAUAGAACUACCCUAUGACCCAGCAAUUGCACUACUAGGCAUUUAUCCACGGGAUACAGGUGUGCUGUUUUGAAAGGACACAUGCACUCCCACAUUUAUAGCAGCACUAUCAGCAAUAGCCAAAGUAUGGAAAGAGCCCAAAUGUCCAUUGAUGGAUGAAUGGAUAAAGAAGAUGUGGGAUAUAUAUACAAUGGAGUAUUACUCGGCAGUCAAAAAGAAUGACAUCUUGCCAUUUGCAACUACAUGGAUGGAACUGGAGGGUAUUAUGCUAAGUGAAAUUAGUCAGAGAAAGACAAAAAUCCUAUGACUUCACUCAUAUGAGGACUUUAAGAGACAAAACAGAUGAACAUAAGGGAAGGGAAACAAAAAUAAUAUACAAACAGGGAGGGGGACAAAACAGAAGAGACUCAUAAGUAUGGGGAACGAACAGAGGGUUACUGGAAGAGUUGUGGGAGGGGGGAUGGGCUAAAUGGGGAAGGAGCAUUAAGGAGUCUACUCCUGAAAUCACUGUUGCACUAUAUGCUAACUAACUUGGAUGUAAAUUUAAAAAUAAUUUAAAAAAAUAGGAAAGGACUUCGUUUUAAUGGGAAGGCAGUGUGUGAAACUAAAGUGACUUGGCCUUUGGUGCUAGGUAGACCUUCUCUGACCCUCAGUUUCCUUAUCUGUAAAAUGGGGUCAUGUGACUGUUGUGACGCUAGGAAGAAUGUAUGCACCAAAUCUUGCAGAGUGCCUGGCAAUUAGUAGCUACUCAAUAUCUGCGGCUAUUUUUAAUAAUAACAUUGAAUAUAUUAAUAAAAUGAGCUUAACUGGAAAGGAAUCUCAGCGUUUGCAUCUCUGGGGUUUGGCUAGCAGCUUUAUGUUUGGUCCUGCUUUGUUUUGCAUGCAGUCUCUGUAAAUAAUUUCAAUCAGAUGUUUUUCCUUUCUAUUUUGCAGUUACUUUCAUGUCCCAUCAUGAGUCACUGAUAGGCCUCAGGUUGAAGAAGUGCUCAGGGGAAAAGAUGUCUCUUUUCAGGUUAUUUUAUUCAGUGGUCAUUGAAAUCCUUUAAAAACACACACUUUUUACUGGAGUUCAUUGUUCCCUUGAUGUGCCAGGCCUUUUCUUCACAUGUUCCUGAAGUCAGUGUGCCUCCUUCUUUAUUGUGGUUUGACCUGUUAUUCCCUAUCAUUCAUGGUCUACCUCAAAUCCUCUCCUCCUAGAAAAAAACCUUCUCCAUCUACCUUAGCCUACUGUGAUUCCAUUUGGCUUUUUAUUAUUGAAUUUUUUUAUGAUGUUUUAUCUCUGAUGGCUCUAAAGACAAGGCCUACAACUUCCCUAUUCUGUAUUGUUUUUCAUCUUGUGAGUUGUAGCUAGGUGGAACGUGAAAUAAUUCUAGUGUGCUGUGAUCAUUUAAAAAAAUGAAAUAGAGGCACCUGGGUGGCUCAGUCAGUUGAGCAUCUGACUUCGGCUCAGGUCAUGAUCUCUCAGUUUGUGAGUUUGAGCCCCACAUCAGGCUCUGUGCUGACAGCUCAGAGCCUGGAGCCUGCUUCGGAUUCUGUGUCUCCCUCUCUCUCUCUGCCCCUCCCUGACUCACGCCUCUGUCUCUCUGUCUCUUUCUCUCUCAAAAGCAAAUAAACACUAAAAAUGUUUUUAAAAAUGAAAUAGAGUAGAAAUAUCAGAAUGUAUACCAUGUAGGGGUACCUGGGUGGCUCAGUUGGUUAAGCAUCUGACUGUGGCUUAGGUCAUGACCUCACAGUUCUUGAGUUCAAGCCCCGCAUCAGGCUCUCUGCCAUCAGCACAGAGCCUGCUUCAGAUCCUCUGUCCCCCUCACUCUCUACCCUUCCUCAACUAGAGCACAUGUAUGCAUGCUCUUUCUCUCUCUCUCUCAAAAAUAGGAGCACCUGGGUGGCUUGGUUGGUUAAGUGUCUGACUUCAGCUCAGGUCAUGAUCGCAUGGUUCGUGAGUUCAAGCCCUGCGUUGGGCUCUCUGCUGUCAACGCAGAGCCUGCUUCAGAUUCUGUGUCUCCCUAUCUGCUCCUCCCCCGUGCUCCCUCUCUCAAAAAUAAGCAUUUAAAAAUAAAUAAAUUAAUUAAUUACUUAAAACAUGAAAAAACAUGUGUGCCAUGUAAUAAAGGGAAAUAUAUAUUACAGGAAGCUUCCAUUUCAUACAUAUGUGUAUAUAUGGUAGUAGGUCAAGAUGUCACAUUCUUCUUUUUUUUUUUUAUGUUUAUUUAUUUUUGAGAGAGGUGGUAGUGGGGGGUGGGGUGCACGCAUGAGCUGGAGAGGGACAGAGGCGAGAAUCCCAAGCAGGCUCUGAAUUGUCAUUGCAGAGCCAAGAUAGGGGGUUUGAACUCAUGAACCAUGAGAUCAGGACCUGAGCGGAAAUCAAGAGUCAGAUGUUCAACUAACUGAGCCACCCAGGUCCCCCCCGCUCAAGAUGUCUCAUUCUUACUGCAUGUCUCCAUCAAAAAGUUUGAAAAUGUUAGUUUAACCCAUACCUGAAGCCUAUGUUUAGUCUUUGGAGUUUUGGUGCCCCCUUGCACAAGAGAGGAGCCAAGACUAGAUGCUUUGUCGUGCUACAAAGUAGCUACGAUAAAAAGUGAUCUUAAUGUAAUCAGCUUUGGUUAUCCUUGUGUGUGCUGCUCAGUUGUUACUCAUACUGAUAUUUCACUUAGGGACCAGUUCCCCUUGCCAUCCAAUAUUCCCAUAUUCCCAAAUUACCCCUUUCCUCUUCCCAGCUGGGUACUUACGGAAAACACACUUGUGGAUGGUUUUAGUAGUAAUGAAAAAGGAGUCUAAGGGUUUGAUGAAAGCUGAGUGUUGAAAGUACUGAAGAGUUAAAAAGUAGCCUAAACAAAAAUAGUUAAAUCCGCUACCAAAAAAAAAAAAAAAAAAGGGUUAAGUGUAUUUCAAAAUCAAAAAGAAGUUAUUUUUGGAUCAUGCAUGCUGUUGUUCCCUUCCAUUAUCUUGGAUCAUUAGGAACACAAAAUAGAUCUACAAUUGUAAUUCCUUGAUUCCCUUCCCCUCUUGUGCUGAAUACCCUUUUCCCUUUCGAUUCUUUUUUCAUCUCAUCAAUCUUAGCCUUACCACCAUCUUUUUGCUGCAGUUCUGUGUAUCAGACCAUAUAUCCUGCUUUCGGUCUUUUUUCACCCUCAUGUGCGAUCAGCAGUGAUCUUCUAUUUGCCAAAUAUAGUGGCCUUUUUUGAGUUUUGUUUUUUUUUUUUUAAUUUAGAGAAGAGGGAGCACGAGCAGGGGAGGGGGCAGGGGGAGAGAGAGAGAGAGAGAGAAUAUCUUAAACAGGCUCUGUGCUCAGCAUGGAG